AACAAAGACAUGCUACUAGAUAAAAUGGUUGAUGUAUAUAUGUUUUGACGGGAAAUGGCCGCAGUGGGUUUUAUUAUCACAUGCCACAGGUCUAUUAACACCAGAAGCACACACUUUGUUACAAAUUAAUGAAAAAAGGAUGUUUAAGCCUUUUGAAAUAGUGCAAUAUUUUCUUUUUCUUUCAAUCAUUGUGCUGUCUGAAGGCUGGUGGUUGAGAAAAAGAGAGAAAUGUUACGAAGACAUCGGUUGUUUCAACAAUAGAGCGCCUUUUGACAACCUUCGUCUGCUCGGGAAAAAAUUCUUGCCUAAAGAUCCCAACACAAUACAGACCCGAUUUUACCUUUAUACUAGGGUAAAUCAAAAUCUUGGCAAAGAGCUUCAUCUAGAUAACCAUGCAUCUGUAUUUUCGUCAAACUUUGAUCCAGCAAGAAAGACUGUGUUUAUCAUUCAUGGGUUUUCUGCAAGUUCAACGGAUUAUCGACUGGUGGAUAUGAAAGAGGCGUUCUUGACAAAGUUUGACUACAACAUUAUAAUGGUGGACUGGUCCCCGGGGGCUAACCAUGUCUGUUACCUCCAGGCUGCGGCCAAUACAAGAGUCGUAGGAGCGGUAACAGCUAGACUGCUGAGAGCACUGAGGGACAGGCACUCCCUGUCUUAUAGUGAGGUCCACCUGGUGGGGCACAGUCUCGGGGCUCAUACGUGUGGUUAUGUUGGCAGACGGGAGAGGGGGGUUAGCCGUAUAACAGGUCUGGAUCCGGCUGGACCUUUCUUUGAGGACUCGGAGUCUCCUGUUCGCCUGGAUCCUUCUGAUGCUGUUUUUGUGGACGCCAUCCACACCGACGGCAGAAAAUAUUUUGGGUUUGGGAUCAUUCGUCCAGUGGGCCAUGUUGAUUUUUAUCCCAACAAUGGAAAACACCAACCUGCCUGUAAAUCGAGGAAACUGAAAUCCAUUAAGAAACUAAUUUUUGGACAGUUGGAAAGUUUAUCGAGAGAUAUCGCCUGCAGUCAUAUGAGAUCCAUCCUCCUCUUCACAGAAUCCAUUAGAUCCGCCUGUCCAUUUACAGCCUGCACACGAUGCACAUCAUGUGAGAAGAAAUGUGCGUCCAUGGGACAGAAUGUGAAUACUACGGCCAGAGGAAGUUAUUAUCUGACCACUGAUCCGGCGUCCCCUUUCUGUCAGCAAUAAUAUACGAGGGCUGUUCAAUAAAUAAUGUCCUCGGUGCUCAGAAAGAAGCAAAAGACGCUUUUCAAUGAUUUAGUCUUAAUAAUUUAACUUAAUAUUCUCUUUCAAUUAAAACCCAUGUCGAUAAAAUUUUUUAUCCAACUUCUGAUUGUUUUUAGAACUCAUUUUUGGGUAUCACCCGUAGUAUACUGGAAAAUGGCAGAUCUUAUGAUUUCCUGGACUAGCUUCUUCGUUCUGAAAGGUGUUUUUUCAAGUUUGGAAAAUGAAACAAGUCAAAAGGCGAAAGAUCUUGCGAAUAUUGUUAGUGUGAAAAAAAUUCAUUUUCUAUUUAUCCCAAAAACUCCUUCACUCUUCAUGGCGUGCAGGCGUGGACGCUGCAGAAAUUUAAUGUAGUGGAUUCCUGAUUCUGGUUCCUUCCUCUAAUUAACCUUUGAUUUUUUUGCAAAAAAAUUGCUUUCUAGACUAGCUCUUCCAGAAAU